AUGGCUGGAACCUCCCAGGUCUCCAACCGCCAGAUACGUGGCCAAAUACCCCGCGUCCAGCACCAGCCACGCCAGCAGCUUCAAUCCCUCCGUCUGUCUGUCUAUACGCCUUCCGGAGCCAUGGCACCUGCAGGCGACGUCUGCUCAACGUGCCGGAGCGUUCUCUGUCCCGAACCGGGUGUGUGUUCUGAGCGUGAUCCAGGGUCGGUUUAUUUCACGCCAGCCGGUCAAACACUGCGCGCUUUUCGGCAGGCAAGCCAACAAGGCUGCGCUGUCUGCUCGACUAUAUGGAACUUAACCGAGAGACACCGACACGCGUGGUCGAAUGCCUCACGAGAGACCUGGGAACCGUUGCGGUAUCGCGUUGCCAAAUAUCAGGGCGAGGAGAGUGUUGUGCGACUGAAUGUUCUCUAUAAAGACCCGUUAAAGAGCGAGGUAGACGAGCUGAGGUUUCGCCUCAUUCCUGUCGAUGACAAGCAGUAUGGCCCAUAUUUCACGCCGUCCGACUUCAAGCUGAGCACCUCUUCUGCAAGCACGUUAAUGACAGCAAACGGAUGGUUCCAGCAUUGCUAUUCUACCCAUACGCUAUGCCGCCGGAUAGCUGCCUUCGGUCUGAAUCAGAUCCCUACGCGUCUGAUUGAUGUUGGCUGUGAUGGCGAUACAGACUGGUUUCUCCGCGUCGUUGACGAGGAGGCCCUUUCGCCAGCAUCCUUGUCGUAUAUGACUCUCAGCUACCGCUGGGGAUCCAACCCGAAGCUCAUCCUUCUGUCCUCAAACCUGGCUCGAUUCCGCCAAGGUGCGCCAAUCUGCGAGCUGCCACCGUUGUUCCGGGAUUUCGCCACGGUAGCUCGAGCAUUUCACAUCCGAUAUGUCUGGAUUGAUUCCCUAUGCAUCAUACAAGACUCCGUCGAAGAUUGGGAAGCUGAAGCGUCGAAAAUGAGAUACGUGUAUGCUAACUCGGCGUGCAACAUCGCGGCCUUGGCGUCCAAUAGCCCGGAAGAGAGCAUAUUCCACCGCAGGGAAAUCGAGAGCAUACGGCCUCGCAUGGUCCGAAGCUCGUUGUUUGCAGAUAGGCCGUCCCUUCACUACAUCUUCGAAAAGGGCUACUGGGACCGGCAGCUUUCCGAUGGCCCUCUACACAACCGAGGAUGGUUCUUUCAAGAACGAUUCUUAGCCCCCCGCGUCCUCUAUUUCGGAAAGGAUCAAAUCCUAUGGGAGUGCUUCAGCGAGCAUAAAUGCGAGUGCUUCCCUCAUGGCAUUCCGGCCCAUUGGUCGGACAAGAAAAUGGACUCGCUGUUCAACUACAUGUCCACGGACGGCUCUCACUCUCGGCCACGGAUGCCUCUCCACGUGUUUAAUCUGUGGAACGAUAUUGUUAAGCAAUACUCUCGAUGCGAUUUGACAAAGGCUUCGGACAAAAUGUUCGCUAUAGCCGGCGUCGCGAAGCUCUUCCACGACAUCACUGGCGACGAAUACGUCGCGGGCUGGUGGAAAUCACGUCUGCUUGAAUCGUUGGACUGGCGUGUCUUCGAGCCGCGGGCACGCAUAAGUGCAGACUAUCGAGCCCCGUCCUGGUCCUGGGCUUCGGUAGAUGGCCCGGUCAGACUAACCGGUCUAUCGCCUUCCACAGAAUUUCUCGUCAGGCUCGUGGAUGUCCAUAUAACCACGCGGGGGCCAGAUGCGAUGGUCAAUAUGUUGGACGGGUACAUCAAACUAAGAGGCGCCAUUUUUGUGGCAAUCUGCCACUACCUUGAACAUGGGAACCGCGUCCUAGUGAACGGUAAUGUCCAGUUUGCUGUGUGGCUUUACCCCGAUUCUUUGGACAUUGACUUCCCGGAAGGCAAAAAGGUUGCCUGCAUCCCAUUCAAAAAAGACUACUCACGGGGCUUGGAUGGCGAGUUGGAGCCUCACGUCCUCUGCUUCCUGGCCGAGGAGACCGGUAUACGACAUGGAUCUGAUGUUCUGUAUCGACGUCUCGGGGUUUUCCUCCUUUAUACCCAGGAAGAUGUCGAUUAUGUCUGCACCAUACGCGACACCACAACCAUUAUCCUCAUAUAA